AUGGCAUUGAGGAAGAUUCAAUCUGAGUUGAAUGAAUUGAUGAGGGAACCUCCAACAGCAUUUAUCAUUCGUGGAGUAAGUGAUGACUUUUUUCAUUGGGAAGUAACUUUUACGGGACCUCUUAGGACACCUUUUGCUGGAGGAGUGUUUCGCAUUUUUAUUGACUUCCCAUCGAAUUACCCUUUUGAACCUCCAGAGGUCCACUUCAAAACCAAAGUUUUUCAUCCCAACAUUAGCCGAGAAGGUUUCAUCUUCCCUAACAUUGUCCGGAGUUAUUGGACUUCUUCUCACACUAUAUCAAUGAUUAUACCAUCAAUUCGUGCAUUUUUGAUGGAACCAAAUUUAUACCACCCGCUAGUGCCAGAGAUUGCUCGAAUGUAUGAGAAUGAUAGAGCCUUAUACGAAUUACUUGCUGGAGCAUGGACUCGACUUUAUGCUAGAGAAGAAGAUAAUGCUUGA